AUGGACCCACUCAGUUUUGGUUAUGCAGCCCUCGUGACAUUUGGAAGCAUUUGGGGAUACAAGUGGAGAGGCAGCAUUCCAUCUUUGAUUGCUGGUCUUUUUGUUGGACUUUUGGCUGGCUAUGGAGCUAACCAUGUCUCCAAUGACAAGCAAGAUAUAAAAAUAUCACUGUUGGUGGCUUUCUUCCUGGCCACUAUCAUGGGUGUGUGGUUUCAGAGGCCCAAGAAAAUAAUGCCAGCUGGGCUGGUUGCAGGUUUAAGCCUCAUGAUGAUUCUGAGACUUGUCUUAUUGCUGCUUUGA